AUGUUUCAUAACUCACACUUUGACUCUAAACAGCUUGGAACAAAUAGAAAAGACCAACAAAUUAAUUCAAGGAAGAUGUCAACAAUUCGCAAUAUUUGUAAACACAUCAUCCUGUAUCCUGCCUCAAGAUCAGUUAUUGUCAAGGCUGGUGCCAUUCCAAGGUUGUUACGGCUAUCGCAGUCUGAAAACCAAACUGUCCGAGCUCAGGCCUUUGAAGCUCUUUCCCUCGUUGGCUAUGUGGCCCCACCCAAGGGCCGGGGUAUUCGGGUUUUGUGUGUUGAUGGUGGUGGGACAAGGAAUUAUGCUGGAGAUAGUAUCAUGUCCAAAUUUUCCCAGGAUCCAACUUGUCCAAAGGAUGGCGGUCUUUUAUGUAACAACCCUACAGCAUUAGCCAUCCACGAAUGUCGUCUUCUCUGGCCAAAUACCCCCUUGCAAUGUGUCGUGUCUAUAGGAAAUGGCAGAUAUGAACCAAAUCUUGAAAUGAAUACAGGCAAAAGUACACUGAAAGAGAAAGUUGUUAAAAUUUUAGACAGUGCAACUGAUACUGAGGCUGUGAACACAAUUCUCUCUGAUUUGCUACCUCCAACUACCUAUUUCCGUUUCAACCCUUAUGUGUCUGAAGAGUGGACCUUGGAUGAAAUCCGAUCGGAAAAACUUAAGCAGAUGCAACAUGACACUCUAAUGUAUUUGCGACGCAAUGAUUUCAAAGUGCAGCGAUGUGCAGAGAAAUUGAUGCAGCAACGACACAUGCACCAGAAAAUGUACGAUUGGGUCAAACUGCGACUGGACAUGAUUGAAAGAUAA